AUGGCGAGCCCGGGGUCGCUGGAGACGGUCAUGCCUUCCUCCUGCCCCCGGCACGACGGCAGAGCCGCCACCGCUAACCCCUCCAAGACCCUGGCCUUCUCCAUCGAGCGGAUCAUGGCAAAGACGUCGGAGCCCAAGCCGGCCUUCGAGGAGCGGCACGGCGGGCCGGGGCCGGAGCCAGGCAAGAAGCCGCUGAGCCUGUGCUCGCCCCUGCCCUGCGUGAUCCCCAUCCCGCCCCUGGGCUACGAGCUGCCCUCCAAGACUCUCAACUACUCGGAGCUGUGGAAGAGCAGCCUGCGGGGCGGCGCGGGGCUCUGCAAAGCCAACUGCGGCGUCUGCUGCAAGGCAGAGCUCGCCCUGGGCCAGCCCAGCGGCCGGCUCAUCAAGCCGCAGGUCAUCCACCAGGCAGGGGCCGUUCCGGCUGCCCCCCGCUCCCUCUACUACUUCAACUACCUGGACGCCGCGUACCACCCUGCCGACCUCCUGCACGGACAGCUCUUCCCGGCCGGCCUGCUGGGCGCCCCGCCGCCGGGGGGGCUCUCGGCCCACCAGAAGCUUUUCCUGCUGGAGAACGCCAAGCUGGCGGGGCUGGCGGCCGAGAAGCUGCCGCCGCCGCCUCCCUUCGCCCACAAGGAGCGGCUGCCGGGACACCUGGACCAGGUGAUGAAGGAGGCGGCGGCGGCGGAGCGCGGCGGCCCCCCCAAGGGCCACGCCAAGAUGGGGGGCGGCGGCGGCGGGGCGGCGGAGGGCAAGCCCAAAAACUUUACCUGCGAGGUCUGCGGCAAGGUGUUCAACGCGCACUACAACCUCACCCGCCACAUGCCGGUGCACACGGGGGCCCGGCCUUUCGUCUGCAAGGUCUGCGGGAAGGGCUUCCGCCAGGCCAGCACCCUGUGCCGGCAUAAAAUCAUCCACACCCAGGAGAAACCCCACAAGUGCAACCAGUGCGGAAAAGCGUUCAACAGGAGCUCCACGCUCAACACCCACAUCCGCAUCCACGCCGGCUACAAGCCCUUCGUCUGCGAGUUCUGCGGCAAGGGCUUCCAUCAGAAAGGCAACUACAAGAACCACAAGCUGACCCACAGCGGAGAGAAGCAGUACAAAUGCACCAUUUGCAACAAAGCCUUCCACCAGAUCUAUAACUUGACUUUCCACAUGCACACCCACAAUGACAAGAAGCCCUUUACGUGUGUCACUUGCGGGAAAGGAUUUUGCAGAAACUUUGAUUUAAAGAAGCACGUCCGAAAGUUGCACGACAGCGUCUCCAGCGCUCCUCCGCCGCGGGACCCUGGGCGCAGCGGGCAGAGCUAA